GCACCGCAUCGCCACUCACCCUGAUUAGAGCCUAGAGCCUCUACCUCGUGUCAUCGCCACCACCACCAACACCACCUCGUACUCCCCCUUUACCGCGCCACGCCUUAUCGCGCCCAUCUUACUUUCCACCCCCGCACACCUCCAAUCCCACCCACCUGCCUUUGCCACAAUGGGUCUCCUCGAUCACAUGGGUAGCGCCGUCACCGGAGCCAAAUCAGCCGUCGGUGGCGGUGGUCACCACGCCAAGGAGCCCAGCAAAGAAGAAGGUCCACCUCAGGGUGCCUCUGCCGACGACACUGAAGAGCUCGACGAGGAGAGCGGUAACAUCCUCCUGAGUCUCGUGGGUCAAUUGAGAAUUGGAAUGGACCUCAGUAAGGUCACACUGCCCACCUUUUGUCUUGAACCUCGUAGUAUGCUGGAGAGAAUUACCGACUUUAUGAGCCACCCAGACCUCAUCUUUGGAGUGGGGAAGCACGAUGAUCCUCAAGAGCGGUUCUUGGCCAUUGCUCGGUACUACCUUUCAGGUUGGCACAUUAAACCAAAGGGAGUAAAGAAGCCCUACAAUCCCGUCUUGGGAGAAUUCUUCAAGUGUUCUUACAAGUAUGCAAAUGGGUCAGAAGCAGUUUAUAUCGCUGAGCAAGUCUCUCACCAUCCUCCUGUGAGCGCAUACUAUUACAUUUGCCCCGCAGAGGGUCUGAUCAUCUAUGGUGAACUGCGGCCCAAGAGCAAGUUCCUGGGAAACUCGGCAGCAACGCUCAUGGGUGGUGAGAACCGGUUGAUCCUCCUCAAUCGACCCGAAGAUGGAGAAUACCGUGUGAGCAUGCCUAACAUGUAUGCUCGUGGAAUCAUGUUCGGUCGAAUGGUUCUGGAAUUGGGAGACCACGCCAAGUUGGAGAAUGAAGCACAGGAUAUCCACGCCGAUGUAGAGUUCAAGACAAAGGGUUACUUUACCGGAACGUACAAUGCCAUUGGUGGAAAAGUCACUGCCAAGGGCAAGCAUGCAGGUGACAUUUCGGGCAAGUGGAGCGAGGAGAUGGAUUACAAGAAUCACAAGACGGGAGAAGUGAGGGUCCUCUUUGAUGCUAAAAAGGCAAAGACCGUCGAAAAGGUUGUGCGACCGGAGAGCGAGCAGGAGGAGUUUGAGUCGAGGAGACUAUGGGCCGGCGUGACAGAAGGCAUCAAGGAGAAGAACCUCGACAAGGCCACCGAUGCCAAAUCCGCCAUUGAAGACGCCCAACGCAAGCGCGUCAAGGAGCGCGAAGAAAAGGGUAGUGUUUGGAAGCCGAGAUUCUUUAUUGAAAAGAGUGAUGGAAGGGGUGGAACCAAGUUUGUACCCAACUUUGAAGCGUACGAGGAAGAAGUCUUCAAGCCGGCCGAGGCGGUUGAGUGGUUUAAGAAGAAUAGUUGAGCGGGAGCAGCAGGAGGAGGAGGAUCAGAGGAGGGAAGGAAGGGAGGGGUUGGGUUUGAGGAAGAGAGGUAGGAAAGAAGGGAGCAGGCUCACUCGCCGUGCGGAAGGUGAGACGGGAAGCAGAGCCGAGCCGUAGAGGUGCGGUCAGCGAGUAGCGGGGAGCACAAGGAGGAGGAGGAGGAGGAAGAGGAAGGGUAGCAAGUUGUACGUACGUACGUGGGUUUCCAGUCCAGUCUCGUCUCGUCUCGUCCCGGUCCCAUCCCCGUCUUAUUUCCCUCCAUGAUACACAAAUGGAAUAGGCG